AUGGAACGAUUUGAUGAGUUAUUCUCUCUCUAUCACUCGUUCCCUCUGCAGAAUAACCCACAUCUCCUUGGGAAACGCAAUCGCGAUUCACCUCCUCCCUUUUCUUCCCAAAUCCGCCUUCAUAAUCGUAAAUUCGAUGGCAACGAUCCCCCUGGCCUCUACAACAUCGACGAAUACUUCGAAUUCUAUGCCACUCCUCUGGACAAGCGAAUGCGAUUAAUGGGUCUACUCAUGGAAGGCGAAGCUUCAAAGUGGUUCCGGUGGAUGCGGAACACCGUCCUUCUUCGACCCAACAAAAUUCCGCCAUUCUCUGCCUCAGUCUCUUCGCCGGCGCCAUGGAUCGAACUGCCUAGCGAUGUAACAUCCAAUAUACUGCACAGGCUGGGGGCAGAGGGGAUUCUCACAAGUGCGCAGCAAGUAUGUACGGCAUGGUGGAAGGUUUCAAAAGAUCCCUCUUUGUGGCGAAUAAUCGAUUUCUCCAACCCUAGGCAGGGGGUUUUCAACGACCGCUAUGAUGCUAUGUGCCGCCGCGCAGUGGAUCGUAGUCAAGGACAAUUGGUCGACCUCACCAUCCAGUACUUCGGCGGCGAUGCACUCAUGGACUAUAUCGCCGAUCGAUCACCAAACCUCAAACGCCUUAAACUUGGAACUUGCUUUUUCAUAUCAGGAGAUUGUGCAGUUAGAAUAGUUGCAAAACUUGGUCAACUGGAAGAAUUGCACUUUACUAUUAGACCUGGGAUUGGUGCUGGACACAUUGAACGUAUUGGCAAUUCUUGUCCAACGUUGAAAUCAUUCUCAUUCAAUGGAUUUAAGUGCAAGCUGCAGAGAUGUGAACAUAAUAGUAUAAAUGAUAGACUCUUUCGGAAUUUGCAUGCUGGUGCAAUCAGCAGAAGCAUGCCUAAUCUGCAACAUCUUCAAGUUUUUGCACAUUGGAUGGGAAAUAAAGGACUUGAACUCAUUCUUAAUGGUUGUCCGCGUCUUGAAUCACUUGACAUCAGGCGAUGUUUUGAUCUGGAUCUUCAUGGGGAUUUGGGAAAAAGAUGCCGUCAACAAAUAAAAUAUCUUAAACUCCCUACUGACUCUGUCAGUGACGUACCGUGGCCUAAUUGCGACAGUGGCGAUCCGUUUAGUACUUCUGCCUUCUGCUUUGAACAUUACGAGUUCGACUUUUAUAAAGAGUGUAUGCUCUACUCUUAUAAACAUCAUAUUGAUCCAAUGAGUCUUUUACAGCGACUUCAUUAGACGGUAAAGCUAUCUUUCUUCAAUAGAAUUUUAGCUUAUAUAUAUGGACAAUUAACACUCACCAUUUUUCUCCCUUUAUUUAGAUUUGUUGCUUUACUCUACUCUUUUUCUAUUUUCUAUUUUCAGUUUAUCAAUUGGCUUUGUCUUUUACAACUCUUUAUUAUCAAUCAAUCUUUAUAUAUUUAUUUUGUAGCUACCUAACUUCAUGCAUAAUAAUAUGUAUCUAUAUGAUCGUUGAUUGAUAUGUGUCAUUCUACUAUGUAUUAACUGUUGGGAUUACCUCCUAUAAGGAGGAUGAAUAUGGUUGGUCCACAUUUCAUAUUAAUGAAGAAAGAGUUCCCAUAAUGAAGGGUGGAGUUCCCAUGAGAAGGAGUUCCAAGUCUCUUGAGAUGGAUGAAAUGCAAUUUUGUAUGAAUCCCCAACUCACCUAUAAAUAUGUGGGUGUUUGGAUGCAAAGCAGACACAACAAGAGAAAAGAGAGAUAGGCCAUAGAGAGUGCAAAAUUCGUACAAGAGAGAGGAGAGGAAGAAAAGACAUUUUGAGAGAUAAGCACAAAUCUGCCACAAAGUUUUUCACUCUGCGCAGUCCUCUAUCACUGAUCGCAUGGUCAAACCUUCUCCAACCGGGCAGAAAUUUUGCGCAGAGUUUCCAGACACGUUAAACUUCGUUCAGGACGGUUGGAUUAAGUAUUGGAGGGUCCAAUUAUUGUAUACGUAUUUUUCAGUUUCGGCCACUGUUUGGUUGAGGUUUGCCCAAUUCUAUGUUUCUCUUUAAUAUACCAAGAACAUUCCGUUCUUGAGAUCUUGUUGAUGCUUGUAGUAUCCCCUUAGCAUUGGUCGAUAGGGAAGAGGUUGUACCCCCCUAGCUAGCGUUGGUCGAUAGGCAAAAGUUGUAUCCCCAUUAUCAUUGUUAUAGUGGAAGUUGUUUGGAGGUUGGUCCCGUGGUUAA